UGGCAUUAGGCCCAUGGAAGGUCCACCUGCAGACCAACCCUUCCGGCUACUCUAUAAAAGCUCGCCCCCUCCGCUCGCUAGGUUUUUGGCGAGUUCCUCUUCUCCUCGGCGGCGGCGGCAAGCGAAGAAGCCGGCGGCGAAAUGGGCAAGGGUACGGGAAGCUUCGGCAAGCGCCGGAACAAGACCCACACGCUGUGCGUGCGCUGCGGCCGCCGCAGCUUUCACCUGCAGAAGAGCACCUGCUCCUCCUGCGGCUACCCCGCUGCCCGCAUCCGCAAGUACAACUGGAGUGUGAAGGCCAUUAGGAGGAAGACUACUGGCACAGGGAGGAUGAGGUACCUUCGCCACGUGCCCCGGAGGUUCAAGAGCAACUUCACAGAGGGAACUGAGGCGGUAUCACGGAAGAAGGGAGCUGCUGCUGGCGCCAACUAAGUGUGUUCUCCACUUAGCUAGGCCGGGCUGUGGAUCAUGAAACUAGAGUUUUUUUUGCUUUACUUUUAUGUUCCUGAAUUGAGAGGCAAACGAUGCUUGUCUAUGUUAUUUCAUAUCCUGGAUGUUAAUCCUUCAGUUUUGAAUGUUGAAUCGGGCCUGAUUGUUAUUUGUCACCCUAUUUACAGAAUUAACUCUACA